CUCCCGCACGGCCUCGCUCCCCGGCGCGGCGUCUCCUCCGCUUCCCUCGUACGCUGCAGUGCCCGCAUACCACCGCUGCUCGGCUGCUCCUCUGACGCGCGCCGCCACCGCCUAGUCGGCUAUUCGGCGUCCCUGACGCGGCGCCAUGCGGCCCCGGGACGGGGACUCCGCCGCCGCCGCCGCGCGGGCCCCGCUGCUCCCGCCCCCUGCCCCCCGCCGCGCAGCCGCGAGGUUCCACCCGCUCCCGCUCCUCAUCGCCGCGGCCUUCGCCGCCUCCUACCGCCUCCUCCUCUUCGCACCCGCGCCCUCCUACUAUCAGUAUCUCUUCCUCUCCCUCGGCUCCAACGACACCGCCGCAGCGCACCUCCGCGCACUCACGGUCCGCCCCCACCUCGCGGGCACGGAGGCCAACGCCGCCGCCGCCGUGCACGUCGCCUCCGCGCUCUCCUCCCACUCCUUCCCCACCCGCCUCACGCCUUACUCCGUCCUCCUCUCCUACCCCGCACGCCGCUCCCUCUCCCUCUCCGCGCCCGGCCGCGACGACACCACGUUCGCCUUGACGCAGGAGACCUACCCCGGCGACCCCUACGCUGCGGUCUCCGCGGAGGCCGUCCCCACCUUCCUCGCCUACGCGGCCUCCGGCUCGGUCACUGCCGAGGCCGUCUACGCCAAUUACGGCCGCGUGGAGGACUUCGCCUACCUCGCCGCCCACGGCGUCAACGUCACCGGGAAGGUCGCCCUCGCGCGCUUCGGCAAGGUGUACCGCGGCGACAUCGUCAAGAACGCUCGCGACGCCGGCGCUGCGGCGGCGGUGUUGUACACCGACGCGAAGGACUACGCGCCAGGGAAGGCCUUCCCAGACGGGCCGUGGAUGCCGCCGACCGGCGUGCAGGUGGGCAACACGUUCACGGGGGUUGGGGACCCCACAACGCCGAUGUGGGCGUCGUCGGAGGGGUGCGAGCGCCUGAGCGUCGCGGAGGCGAUGUCCUCCGACGACAUGCCGGGGAUACCGGCGCUGCCGGUGUCUGGAAGGGACGGGGAGGCAAUACUACAGCUCAUCGGCGGGGAUGUGGCGCCAGAGGACUGGCAGGGAGGCGAUGGCGCGCCGACUUACCGGCUCGGGCCCGGCCCGGCAGUACUCAACCUGACCUACACAGGGAAUGAGACGAUGGCUACUAUUCAGAAUGUCAUUUCGGUGAUUGAAGGUAAAGAAGAACCUGAACGAUAUGUAAUCCUUGGAAAUCAUCGUGAUGCAUGGACAUUUGGGGCAGUUGACCCGAACAGCGGAACAGCAGCCUUGCUUGAGCUAGCUCAACGGUUGUCUGAGCUUCAAAAGAAGGGCUGGAGACCUCGACGGACUAUCAUCUUGUGUAACUGGGAUGCCGAAGAGUAUGGAUUGAUAGGAUCCACUGAAUGGGUUGAGGAGAACAGGGCAAUGCUAGCAUCAAAAACCGUUGCAUAUCUGAAUGUUGAUUGUGCGGUGACUGGUUCUGGAUUUUACGUAUCAGCAACUCCUCAACUUGACGAGUUGCUUAAAGAAGCGAGUAAACAGGUUCAAAAUCCGGAUAAUGGGACGCAGAGUCUGUAUGACUUGUGGAUGGCUUCUAAUAGUUCUCGUUUGAUUGGAAGGUUAGGAGGUGGAGGAUCAGAUUAUUCUGCCUUUGUUCAACACAUUGGUAUUCCUUCACUUGACAUGACUAUUGGUUCAGGAUAUGCUGUCUAUCAUAGCUUGUAUGAUGACUUCAUAUGGAUGGAAAAGUUCGGAGAUCCCUUGUUCCAGAGGCAUGUCGCAGUGGCAAGCAUAUGGGGACUCGUUGCUCUGAGGCUUUCAGAUGAGGAGAUCCUACCCUUCAACUACAGCUGUUAUGCUGCGGAGCUUGAGAAUGGAGCAAUGGAAAUAAAUGAGAGGGUGCUGGGAAUGCCUGUCAGCUUAUCUCCACUGCACACGUCCAUCAAAGAGUUCAAAAGCGCAGUCCUAAAAUUGGAGUUUGAAUUGAAGGCUCUACAGACAUGGAAGAUUUGGCCCCCUUGGAGAAAAAAUCCCUUGAAGGCCAGAGAUAUCAACGACCGGUUGAUGAUGACUGAACGGGCAUUCACGGAGCGGGAAGGACUGUCUGAAAGACCAUGGUACAAACAUCUGAUUUACGGACCUUCACUGCACAACGAUUAUGGAGCUGAACUGUAUCCAGGUGUUGAUGACGCCAUUCAGACAGCAAAAAGGACAAAUACUUCCAAAUCCUGGCAGUCCGUGCAGCAUGAGAUUCACAGGAUCUCUAGGGUCAUAACCCAAGCAGCAUUAGUUCUAAGUGGAGGGUUAACGUGAAAGUUUGUACUGUUGAUACAGUAAUUACCCUUUUGCGGUAGAACUUGGCCAUUAGCUGUAACUGCAAGUGUAAGCCGCAGCUAGACUGAUGAUGUGAACCUGGAAAUAAGGAAAAUGUUUAUGUA